GGGCGGGCUAGACUUGCGGGUGGACGUGUUCCAGAACUGGGUUCCCCGGUUGGCCUUCAGUAGGGGUCAAGACGCAGACACUUACUCCAAAGGAGAGCAAAGCCAGCUCGGCCCGAGGACCCCAGGACCUCCAUCUCCCAAUGUCGGAGGAACCCGACACGUGAGGUUGGACCAACGGCUCAGACUAGAAGAGCCCUGGAAGCGCCAUGGCUCCCAAGAAGCCCUCCUACCUUCCUUUCCUGCUGCAGCCGCUCCUGCUGCUGCUGCUGCUGCUGCUGCUGCUGCUACCGCCCCAGGCUGACGCUCGGUCUUUUGUAGUGGAUCGGGACAAUGACAGGUUCCUCCUGGAUGGGGUCCCGUUCAGCUACGUGUCUGGCAGCCUGCACUACUUUCGGGUACCCCGGGUGCUUUGGGCAGACCGGCUUUUCAAGAUGCGAAUGAGUGGCCUCAACGCCGUACAGUUUUAUGUGCCCUGGAACUACCAUGAGCCAGAGCCUGGGGUCUAUAACUUUAAUGGCAGCCGCGACCUUUUGGCCUUUCUGCAUGAGGCAGCUAUGGCGAACCUACUGGUCAUAUUGAGACCAGGACCUUACAUCUGUGCAGAGUGGGAGAUGGGGGGUCUCCCAUCCUGGUUGCUGCGUAAACCUAAAAUUCAUCUGAGAACCUCAGAUCCAGACUUUCUUGCCGCGGUGGAUUCCUGGUUCAAGGUCUUGCUGCCCAAGAUAUAUCCGUUUCUCUACCACAAUGGGGGCAACAUCAUUAGCAUUCAGGUGGAGAAUGAAUAUGGUAGCUACAAAGCCUGUGACUUCAACUACUUGAGACACCUGGCUGGGCUCUUCCGUACAUUCCUAGGAGAUGAAAUCUUGCUCUUCACCACAGAUGGGCCUGAAGGACUCAAAUGUGGCUCCCUCCAGGGACUCUAUACCACUAUAGAUUUUGGUCCAGCUGACAACAUUACCAAAAUCUUUACCCUGCUUCGGAAGUAUGAACCCCGUGGGCCAUUGGUGAACUCUGAGUACUACACAGGCUGGCUGGAUUACUGGGGUCAGAAUCACUCUACACGGUCCAUUCCAGCUGUAACCCAAGGACUAGAAAACAUGCUCAAGUUGGGAGCCAGUGUAAACAUGUACAUGUUUCAUGGAGGUACCAAUUUUGGAUACUGGAAUGGUGCUGAUGACAAGGGACGAUUCCUUCCAAUUACUACCAGCUAUGACUACGAUGCACCCAUAUCUGAAGCAGGGGACCCCACACCUAAGCUUUUUGCUCUUCGAAAUGUCAUCAGCAAGUUCCAGGAAGUUCCCUUGGGACCUUUACCUCCCCCAAGCCCCAAGAUGAAGCUUGGACCUUUGACACUGAACCUGGAUGGAAAUUUGCUGGCUUUCCUAGACUUUCUCUGCCCCCAGGGACCCAUCCGUUCAUUUUUGCCAAUGACCUUUGAGGCUGUCAAGCAGGACCAUGGCUUUAUGUUAUACCGAACCUACCUGACAGACACCAUUUUUGAACCAGCACCAUUCUGGGUGCCAAAUAAUGGAGUCCAUGAUCGUGCCUAUGUGAUGGUGGAUGGGGUAUUUCAGGGUGUUCUGGAGCGAAAUAUGAAAAACCAACUAUUUUUGACUGGAAAAAUGGGGGCCAAACUGGAUAUCUUGCUGGAGAACAUGGGGAGGCUCAGUUUUGGGUCUAACCACAGUGACUUCAAGGGUCUGUUAGAGCCACCAGUUCUGGGGCAAACAAUCCUUACUGAGUGGAUGAUGUUCCCUCUGAAAAUUGAUAAACUUGUAAAGUGGUGGACUCCCCUUCACUUGCUGAAAGGAGCACAGCCUGAAGUUCCCUCUGGCCCUACCUUCUACUCUACAAUGUUUCCAAUUUUAAAAUCAGUUGGAGACACAUUUCUGUAUCUACCUGGAUGGACCAAGGGCCAAGUCUGGAUCAAUGGGUUUAACUUGGGCCGGUACUGGACAAAGCGGGGGCCACAACAGACGCUCUACGUGCCAAAACUCCUACUGUUUCCUAGGGGAGUCAACAAAAUCACAGUGCUGGAGCUAGAAAAUGUGCCUCCCAAUCCCCAAAUUCAAUUUUUGGAUAAGCCAAUUCUCAACAGUACCUUACAUAGGACAUAUAUCUAUUCCCUCUCAGAUACACAAAAUGCCUAUGAUCCAAUGGAGUUAAGUGGUCACUGAAGAAAGCUGACCCUUGAACCUAGGACAUGGA